CCACAACCAACACAACAACCAACACAACAACCACACCGAACACAACCACCACAACAACCACACCGACUACAACCAACACAACCACCACACCGACCACAACCAACACAACAACCACACCGACCACAACCAACACAACAACCACACCGAACACAACCACCACAACAACCACACCGAACACAACCACCACAACAACCACACCGACCACAACAACCAACACAACAACCAAACCAAACACAACCACCACAACAGACGCACCAAACACAACCACCACUACAGCCACCACACCGGCAACAGCAGAAACGACAACAUGGCCGACGCCAUAUUCAACGCCAUCAUCGCCGCCACAACCGACACCGACGCCGACAGCUGCAACAACCUCAAUGGCAGCACCAGCAACUACAGCGUCGCCGCUGGGAACGGGUCGGAGCGACUUCUCCAAUGUCAGCGGCACCGUCGCAUCCGCCGAGUUCGUGCCGGUCGACCGCGCGGUGAGCCACGUGUUUGCGAUCCACACCACGGCGCCGAAAGUCGUCAGGGUCAAGGUCGAGUGGCUCAGCCUCAUGAACCACUCGUCGUGCGUGAACGAGAGCCUCACGGUGCUGGACGGUGACCCCGGCAGCGGUGACCCGGAGUCCCUGGCCGUGCUGUGCGGCACGGGGCGCGGAUCCGUGCCGCCCCACAGCCUCAAGUCGACGGGGCAAAGCCUCAGCCUGGUGCUCAACUCCACGGGGCCCCUGGAGGGACGGGGAUUCAGGAUCAGCUACGUGUACGUUGGCAGAACUCAAACCUCAAGAGACUGCGGAGUGGAAACGAUGGGGCAGACGCAGCCGUGGCUUGCCCAGUUGCAAAGCACCAGCGGGAACUUUGCUUCGUGCGACUCGACGCUUCUCAACGCGCAGUGGCUCCUCACCAGCGCGUCCUGUUUCAGCGGCACGUCCGCCCUGCCUGUCGACUGGCGGGCAGCCUUCAACAACAGCAACUUCCAACCCCUCGCCGCCAUUCACCUGCAUCCCAAGUUCAACGCCACCACCUCCGACUACGACGCUGCACUGGUGCAACUGAGCUACGCCAUUCCACUUUCGGACGCCGUGAGGCCGGCUUGCCUCCCGGACAGGCGCGAGCCAAAUCUCCUACCCGGGAAGUCUUGCUCCGUCGCGUCCAUCCAAGCGGGUUCGCAGAUCGUGCGACGCGUGAACAUCGUGGGGCAGGAGGAAUGCCGAGCCGUCAACAGCAGCAGCAGCAGCAGCGUCAGAGCCGUCACCAGCAGGAUGAUCUGUGCCUCCAAUCAGUUUUGCGGGAGCCUGGCGAGCCCACUGCUGUGCAGAGAGGUGGACGGACGCUGGUACGUGAUGGGGGUGGGCAGCUGGGGUCUGUGCAGCUCGCCGGCUGUGUUCACCAGGCUCUCCAAGAUCCUGGAGUUCGUCAAGCAGACGGCCGUCUGA